AUGGGGGAUCUGAGGCUGCGUCCCCCAGCCCUGCGGAACUUGAUGGGCGUGGGGCUGGCUGGGUCUUGGGCAAUUUCAAGGCACACGUGGGUUGCUUCUAUCUUUGCUUUUGCCACCUGUGGAGGUUUUAAGGGCAAAACAGAAAUUCUAGUGAGUUGUCCUCCUAAAAUUCCUGACAAUAAAACCAUUACAGCUACUUUUGGUUAUCCAUUCAGGUUGAAUCAGGCAUCAUUUCAGGCUUCUCCAGUAGAUGUGUGUAAUAUAAGUUGGAACAAGUUAGUCCUUGUUGGAGAUUAUGCUUCUUCUGCACAAUUCUAUGUUACGUUUGCAGUCUUUGUCUUCCUGUACUGCAUUACUGCUCUUCUGCUCUAUGUUGGUUAUACAAACCUAUAUCGGGAUAGUCGAAAACUUCCCAUGAUUGACUUUGUUGUUACUCUUGUUGUCACAUUUUUGUGGCUGGUGAGCACUUCAGCCUGGGCUAAAGCUCUUACAGAUAUUAAAACAGCUACCAGUCACAGUAUUGUCCAGGAACUUGCACCCUGUCAUUCUUCAGAAUUGAAGUGUUAUUUUGGCUCUGUGACUAGUAUGGGAUCCCUAAAUGUAUCCGUGAUCUUUGGCUUUCUGAAUAUGAUACUUUGGGGAGGAAAUGCAUGGUUUGUGUACAAGGAGACCAACUUACACAGUCCAUCAAAUACUUCUGCUUCUAAUACCCAAGGAGGUAUUCCACCUACUGGAAUAUAAUUUAAGGGAGAAGUACACUGUAUAAAAUAUACGUCUAUACUAUGACCUGUUGUCAACAUCUUGAGAAGCAUUAUGUGUUUCUAAUAAAAGUAAUGGCUUUUUCAAUAAAUUGGUGGGUUUAAAAUUUUGCUGCUUUUUUACACAAAGCCUGUACCUUUCCCAGAAAUUUAAGAUGUAAAUGUAUUCGUACAUGUAAAUUUGAAAAUUCAGGGCCUAUUAUGAGAUGAUACACAUUUUAAAUGAACAUUAAUUUCUUCACUAACUUGUUUGCCUUCCAGAGUGUUUACACCUUAAGCUUAACAUAUAUCUUCACUCAGAAAAGCGUUAUAUUGUCAUAUCAUAAUAGAAAGAAAAAUCUAUUUGGAAUAUACACUACUGUCAGUUUGUACAGAUCAUAUACCUAAGACCUAUCUUUAAGAAAGCCUUGAUUACAUAAAUCAUAUUUAGAAAAAAACAUAUUUAGUUGAGAAUUUAUAUCUGGACAUUGUUUAUAUGUAUGGAAAAUUUUUAAUUGCAAAGACUGGGUGUAUGUUUUAUUUGUUUUUCUAAAUGACCUACAGUACUUAAUAGGUGUGCUAAAAUGUUUUGGGAGUGGGGUUGAAAAUUUUUAAUAGGUGUGUGUUAAAUUAAUAAUUCUGUCUCAUAAGAUGUAAGCUUCCAUUAUGCUGAUUGUUUAAUAGACUUGCUAUAUAAGCAGAAAGAACAUGGUUCAACUAGAUAUUUUUAUAUGUAUGGGCAUUACUCUUAGUGAUAUUUGUUGUCCUUUGUUGCUCAUGCCACUUAACUGCAGGUUGAGACCUAUUCUUGCAAGUAGAAUAAAAUAAUGCACUUUUUUUGGCAGACCCUAUUCAUAUGGUUAAAAAAAUUAAGAUUGCCUUUUAUUUUUGAAACCUUUAAUAUUUAGAUUCAAUGAAGUUGUUAUUGAAUUUAGCAUUGAUAUUGUAAAAUAAAUGCAAUUCGGGUUUCAUAUUUCUUAACAUUCAUUCUUAUUUCACAAAUGGUUGAUAAAGAAAUUAUGCAUCAUAAACAAGGAAUCUUUGAUGUUUUUAAUUUGUAUUUCUCUGAUUGCUAUUGAGGUUGGUGAUCUUUCUUUGUAUUUAAUGGCCCCUUAGGUUUCCCCUAUUCUGUAUUGCCUAUUUAUCUUCAUGGAUUGUGCUUUUUGUGUCUUUAGGUAUAUUUUGAUUCCAGGGCUUAUUCACAUUUUGCUUCCUAAUCUUUUUGUUGUACAGGCCAGAUUUUGUAUUCUUACCACUUGAUUGUUUAUUUGUGAAGCAUGUCUUGCUACUGCCUUAUUUUUGUUGAUUUUAUUCAUGACAAGAAUUGUCAGUAUGAGAACAUAUCUUUUAUGCAACCAACUUAAUAAAGAAGUCAAAAGAAAGAGUGCACUGAUUGUUAUAUUACAAAGAAAGCUUCAUCUUAAAGGCAUGAGCAAUGCAAAAUAAAAUUAAUUUUCAAAGCAAGCAAUAGAAUAUCACAGUAGUUUGUUGGGUUUUUUUUUUAUGUUUGGCAAGGAAUAAAAGAUAAAAAAUGCUUUGGA